UAAUGUGAUCAUGUACCAUCCGUCCAACACUCUGAUGACAUUUGCAGCUGACAUCGGCGAGGACAGACAGAUUGAGUUGCAGAAAAUGGUUGACAAAUUCAUCAAGUCAGACGAGACCUCGAUGACUUUUCCAAGUAGUCUCUCGAACCAAGACAGACUGUAUCUUCAUCAGGUGGCACAGAAGGCCAACUUGAAACACAACAGUACAGGUAGGAGUGGGGUAAACAGGAAGCUGACGUUGACAAAACAAGUGAACGUGGACUCGUACUUCGUGAAUGUGAAUGCUGACCCUAGAGCUGUCAAGCCACUCGGGAGGGCACUGCACGUUGUAAAAGAAUUGGACAUGCGAACCAGUUUCAAGCUCCAAUCUAAUCCCAGUUUUCACAAGGAAAGAAAUUCAGCUUCGCAAUAUGGUUAUGAAGUUCGUCUGUGUCAGGGGGUACCUCCCUUUGCCGUUCCGGACUCCUCAGUGAGCAGAUUCAGACAGAAACUUCCCAUCCACUCGUAUAGAUCGGCAGUGCUGGAGAGCAUCACAUGUAAUCAAGUGUCGCUGAUAGCGGCCGAAACUGGUGCUGGAAAAACAACACAGGUUCCUCAAUACUUACUGGAGUGGCACAGUCUCUACUCGGAUGAAUGUCUAAUUCUCUGCUCUCAGCCGAGGAGACUGGCAGCCAUGUCUUCUGCCGAGAGGAUAGCCCACGAGAGAAAUGAACCCAUCGGACAGACGGUCGGAUACUGUGUCAAACUCGAAAACAGAAUGAGCGAGGAACUGACCAGGUUGCUCUUCUGUACAACUGGAACUCUAUUGAGGAUGCUGAUCAUGGACUCAUCUCUGCUAUACAGAGUAACCCAUCUUGUUAUUGACGAAGUGCAUGAGCGAGAUCGCUUCACUGACUUCCUUCUCUGUAUAGUGAAGAGGUUCUGUGAGCGAAACAAGAAACUCACAGUGGUGUUGAUGUCUGCCUCUAUGAAUGAGAAGCUGCUAAGUGACUACUUCAACAAAUGUCCUGUUGUCAGGGUGCCUGGAAGAAUGUUCCCAGUGCAACAGUUCUUCCUGGAACACAUUCUGCUCAAACUCAAAGAGGUCAAGAAAAAGAAAGAAAAGCAGCGUCAGCUACUCGAUUCAGAAGAUGUACUGAAUGACCUCGAAGAGUUACAGCUGAGUGAAACAAUUCCCGAGGACGGAACAAAUGGGCUGAGCUUUGAAGCAAGGCUUGUAUCCGUGUCGAAUAUCAAUGAAAAGCGAAUAUCAAACUACUCCAACACCAGCGAAGGAAGUCAUGUUACCGAUACAGUUGGUGGUAGUAAAAGUAGCAGUGAGAACGUGGAGCUGAUUAGGGACUCGUUCUUCGUAUAUGACGAGGAGACAGAAGAGGCUGUGGAGAUGAACUUGGAUGACAUCGACAAUCUAUUGCUGCUGUUCUUCCACACUGUCACCAUGGAAGCAUUCGAACUCAUACUCAAACUCAUCAACAACUCCACCAUCAAAGUGGACCAUCAGCAUUCUGAAAGUGGUCUGACAGUGCUGAUGAUAGCUUGUGCCCAUGGGAAAGUGGAUCUGGUACACAGUCUGCUGAAGAUGGGCGCAUCCCCCCACCUGACGGACCAGGAGGGAAAGACUGCCGUGGACUACGCAGUACACAAUCAGCACUACAAUGUCGAACACAUACUGAACGAGUACUCUAAAUUGAUUGAAGUUGCUGAAGACGAGGAAGCAAAAGAAGAAGGAUCGACACUUGUAGAUGAAUAUGUUCGAUCUUGCAGCAUGGAAACUGAAAACGUAGAUCACGAUCUAAUUAUGCAGGUCAUUAUAUAUAUAGUUUCUGAUUUCACGGCGCCCGAGUUCGACAACGGAGCCAUUUUAGUUUUCCUACCUGGGUACGAAGAAAUAUCACGAAUGAAGAUCCUAAUCGAGGAACACGACGUACUAGGUGACCAAUCCAAUUUUAGAGUGUUCGUUUUACAUUCGAAUAUCAAGAGUGAAGAUCAAAAACGCGUGUUCCAGCAUUAUAAAGAGAGGAAGCUGAUUUUAUCCACGAACAUAGCGGAGACGUCGUUAACUAUUGAUGACGUCAUUUUUGUAGUGGAUCCAGGGAAGACCAAACAACGAGAGAUGGAUACUCAGAGUAGUCUGUCGUACAGUCUGCAAGUGUGCUGGGCCAGUCAGGCUAAUGUCAAGCAAAGGGCAGGAAGAGCGGGCAGAACGAGGCCAGGAUAUGCAUUCCACCUAUUCUCAAAGACCAGGUUCGAAAGCAUGAAGGACUUUACUUCUCCAGAGAUCCUCAGAUACCCUCUGAAUGACCUCUGCCUGCAGACGAAGAUAGUAUUUCCAGAUAACAAACAUUCCAUCAGCGACAUUCUAACCUCUGUGCCAGACGCCCCUCCCCAGACUUCAAUCACAUCGGCUCUCAAACAUCUCAAAGAGAUCGGAGCUUUAGAUAGUAAUGAAAAGAUGACAUCAUUGGGCAAUUUUCUAGUCAAAAUGCCUCUGGAUCCAGACUUGGCAAGGAUGGUUCUCUACAGUCUUGUUUUCAGAUGCCUAGACCCAGUUUGCAUCAUAGCUGCCACGCUAGCUUAUAGAUCACCUUUUUAUUUGCCGCCAAGCAAGCGUCUCAUAGACGAGGCAGAGAGAAAGCGGAAGAAACUGUCAUUCAACAGCCAAUCAGAUCACUUUGUGCUUCUCUUCGCUUUUCUAACAUGGAGUUCUUACAUAUCGAGUGGGAAGCAUGCAAAAGCAGACGAGUUCUGUUAUAGUCAUCAUUUGUCGGCACCAGUGUUGCAAGUGAUCGAUAAGAGUAGAUUGCAGAUAAUUCGACACUUAGUGUCACAAAGAGUCAUCAAAAACCCGAAGAGCUACGUGUAUUAUAACUCAAAUGCACAAUUAACUUCUUGUGUCAGAGCUUCAAUUUUUGCGGCUUUCGCUCAUUCAACUGUUCUAUAUGACACAAAUCGAGGAAAAUAUUGUGCCGACUGGAGCAACAAUCUGAAAAUUCAUAGAGCAAGUGCCAUCCUCCAAUCCGCUCCCAAACUCCCUUCGUGUCUAUGUUGUGAUGAAAUCACGAGAGGGGUGGGGCAACCUAUGGUCAAAUCAGCCACGGCUGUCAACCCGAUCAUGCUUCUUCUCCUCUCGAAUACCAUAGAGUCGAUUGAGUCAGCAACUGAUGAUUUCUGCCUGUUUCGCAUCUCUAAAACUGUUCAAUUGACAUGUGAUCGUAAGUUGUCAGAUAUUAUUCUGGAGGCACGUAAAGCAGUUCGACAUAUUGUAGUGUCAAUGACAGAGGGAGCUUAUGUCAACAAAGAAUUUCAAUGCGUAAUGGACUGUCUGAUCGAUGUUCUGGAGUCAGCAGAGCCACCUGAGAUCGGUUAUAUUCCACCUUAUCAGAACUUUUAUCAUUUUGGCGAAUCGCUUUUUGAAGGACAAUCGCAAUAUCGUCCACUUCAAAAUGGGCCAGGAUCACGUAGCACCAGCUCAACUGACAGGCGGAAGAAGAAUUAUUACAAUCCUGGAAUGAAGUUUUGAACGCCUAAAGUUAUAAAAUUAUAUUUCAAAAUCCGCUAAAAAUCAUCCGAAAUUUUUUUCAAAUGAUUUUUUGUUUCAAUUGAACUUUGCAAUAAGUUUUUUUGAGUUGCGAUAAAUGAAUAUAUUCCUCUGUUUUAUUUUAUAAA